UUCGUCCAAGGGAGAAUAUACUGGCAGAGCUUGGAAGUCAAGGUGAGUUCAGUUUUACAUACCACCUCUGAAUAACGAUACACACAGAGUGAAGCGGUACGGUUUAUGUUGAUUGUCAGAUAAUAAUUGAAUUUCAAGAGAUAAUUUGGAGUUUUAAUCAGGGCACCCAAGAAGAGAAAGGAAAAUGUCCGAAGCCAGAAAUCAAGCAAUAGUCGACGUCAUUAAAAACUGCAUUGUCAAGAAAAACAAUGACAUUCCUUUCUAUGUUGCUGAUUUUUCUGAUGUUUUGUAUAAAUGCCGUUACUGGAAAACCAAGUUGCCUAGAGUAGAGCCUUUCUACGCCGUGAAAUGCAACCCAGAUCCUAUGCUUUUGAGUCUAUUGGUAUCUUUAGGAAUUCGUUUCGAUUGUGCCAGCAAAGGAGAAAUCGAUGCUGUGUUGGCAGCUGGAGCCGAAUCCUCAGACAUUAUAUAUGCGCACCCAUUCAAGUCCAACACUUUCCUUCGGUACGCAGCUUCGGUCAAUGUCGAUCUCAUGACAUUCGACUGCGAACAAGAGCUUUACAAGAUCAAAAAAAUCUUCCCGCAGGCAAGGUUGGUUCUCCGCAUCAGUAUUCCUAAUGUGCCUGCUGCUUUCCCACUUAGCAAUAAAUUCGGGUGCACUGUGAAAGAAGCCCAGAAGUUGCUGGUGGUGGCUCAGAAUCUAGAUUUAAAUGUUGUCGGAGUUAGCUUUCAUGUGGGCAGCUUGUGUGAACAGCCUUUCGCAUAUGCCAAAGCAGUUAAAAUGGCAAGAGAAGUGUUUGAUAUGGCUGAAGAUAUAGGAUAUCAUUUCACUCUGUUGGAUCUCGGAGGUGGUUUUCCUGGAUCCACUGGAUCAAUGGAUAUAUUCGAUAAGAUGUGCUACUACAUCACUGAAGCAUUAGACCAACAUUUCCCAGAAGGUUGCGGCAUUCGAGUGAUUGCGGAACCGGGGUGCUACAUUGCGUGCUCUGCCUACACUUUAUGUUGUAAAGUGAUUGGAAAGAAAACUGCUGACAUGAAUCCUGAAGAUGAAGGGAGUUACAAGCAACAGGUCUUUUAUUACUUAAACGAUGGCGCUUACGGUUCCUUUGGUUACGGAUUUGAAAAAUAUGGAUUCCGUAUUAAACCUUUGCUGAGCAAAUCUCAACAUGCCAGUCGGCCAAUUUUGAGAAGCAAGCUUUGGGGUGCUACCUGUUGCAGCUCCGACUGCAUUGUGGAGGACUGCCUUUUGCCCGAAAUGGAAGUCGGAGAAUAUAUAAUCUUCGACAAUAUGGGUGCCUACACGCGAUCUCUCGUCACUGGAUUCAACGGCUUUCCGAUGCCGAUGACUCACUACGUUUUCCCACCACAGUCAGUGCACAAGACUGAUUUACUUCCACCUUUCGAAGACUACUGUAAAGAAUUGGGAACGAACAAAAUGAAGGCCUUCGUGAAAAUCCAAGACUACAUCAUGCACGACGACUCCAACGACGACCUCUUCCGCAAGGGAUGAAGGAAUACCUUCCUCUUUCGAACAAUUCUUUGUGUUUCUCAUUGCUUUUAUAUAAAAUCCGCGGUGGCGAGAACAGUUGCACUUGUAGAAAAUAUGCAUUAGGCCAGUUUGAAAAAGAAGAGAGUGCGGUGUGGAGAUGAUGUCGUGUGUGCCAGCUGGAAGUAGCGAAAUCAUAAAAUGUGUUCAUUCUUCAGGUUCUUUUUAGGUGUAUCUCUAUUUUAUACAUGUUUUUAUUGAAAUAAAUGUUCUAUUUUGCACAGAA